AGCUUCAUGCUCUACCUAAAAGCGGUAUUCAUUGGGUUAUAGGUUAUCUUAGCUUAUCCUAGCAGCUUAGAAGGUGUGCUCGCUGUUGUUUGUCAUCUCGAUCGCCACUACUUCUAUUACGGCAACUGCAUCGCCAACCCACGUGUAACCCAGACACCCACUGGCACCGUCUUAACUCUCUCAAGCCAUGGUCCUAGAACUUCACGUCUGGGGCCCAGCAUUGGAGCUUCCAUCGAUCGAUCCUGAUUGUCUAGCGGCCCUAUCGUAUAUCGACCAUACAGUUGCUCGAGAAGAUUGGACGUUGAUGCCCAGUAAUGACCCGGCCAUCAGCCCAGAUAACAUCCUCCCCGCUCUCCGUCACAAUGGUACCUGGACGUCAGGGUACCUGAACAUCGUGUCGUAUCUCACCCGGUACACAGCCAACUCGAUCGACAAUGAUGCCACUCAGUCCCAGCGCGCUGAUACUCUAGCUUACGCCUCCUACCUCACUUCGCGGGGCGCUGCCCUGAUUGCCUUCUCGCUCUACGUCUCCCCGAGUGCAUGGGCAAACCUCACCCGUCCGGCCUACUCUACCCUCCUUCCCUUUCCGCUUACCUGGACCGUUCCGCCGGGCCUCCGUGCCGCGGCUAUCGCCAAGACGGAGCACUUGGGACUGCACCAGUUGGCCGCGGACGUGAAUCCCGAGGAUGGCAAAUCCGACCCGAAGACCACGGGCCCCGUCACGUCGACAGGCUUCCUGCGCUUGCCCAAACGGCCCGGAGUGACUGAGAUUAUGCAGCCCGAGCAGGUGGCCGCGAUCCGGCUGCAGAGUCUGGCCGACGACUUCUUCUCCGUGCUGGAGGAGUUGCGCGGGCCUAAGAGGUAUUUCUUGAGCAAUGACAAGCCUUCUUCACUCGAUUUCUUGGUUUUUGGCUACUUGAAGCUCAUUCAAGUCAAGACGCCGCACCCGUUCCUUUCCAAAUGCAUGAAAAAAAGUGCGGCGGGGACUCGGUUAUUGCGGUUCCUGGAAAUCAUGCAUGAGGGACCCAUCCGUUGGCAGCCCGGGAAAGUCGACACAGAUUUACCCUGGAUAGCUCCAACGCCGCGAGGAUUGCUCGAGAUUACUGGCAAAUUUGGAGGUGGGGUGGUGGAAAGCGUACCCGGGGUCGGCGAAGCCUGGAAGAAAUAUUGGAGGGGCGCCAUGAAAGGCGAGGAUGGAGCCCAGGACUCUACUCAACUUAUUUAUGCCGCAGGGAGCGCUCUUAUAGGCGUUGCCGUGCUGGGAGCAAUGGUGCUAUUUAGAUCGCUACCACCAUUUGGCGAGAGUAUUCAUCGAUUUGACGCGCACAAGCCAGAGAGAGCCGGCCUGCACCAGUUUGGAGAUAUUGGCACCAUCUUCGACAAUUUGCCAGACGACCUCGAGACGCCGGCAAAACCUAGUAAAAGGACUACCCUGUAAAGAGUGAUCGUGCCGAGGUCGCGGUUGACGUUGCGUCAGAGGGCUCAGGGACGGGGCCUCCGCGGGGUGAGAAUUAUGCGACAUUGG